AUGAACUUUCCGGCCUUUAAUAGUCUGUCAUCAAUGGAACUGACAAACGCCAUAAAUACGAAACAAAAAGCAGUGGACUGGGCGAUGCAACACGGAUUACUGUCGUCUGGAAUGACAUGCGUUUGUGGAAAAGUUAUGCGUUUGUACAAUUCCAAAAAAGCAGCAGACGAACAGAUAUGGCGUUGUACAAACCAUACGGCCUGCAGCAGAACAAAAUCCAUUAGAAAUGGUAGUUUUUAUGAAAAAUGCACGACAAUAUGGUCUGACAAGUGGGCCGCUUAUGCGAACAUUCCCAGAGUUACGGGACUGGCACACGACACUGUCAAUCAUCGAUAUGGCUUUGUUGCUCCAAAUGGAGUGCAUACUAAUGCCAUUGAGAAUCUUUGGAAGUGUGCCAAAGAUAAAUUUAAACGGAUGCAUGGUACCUGCGAUGAUCACGUCUCUUCGUGUCUCGAGUUUAUGUGGCAGCGCGGUAUCAAGGACCGUGAUGAGCGGUUUCAAACAGCUCUUGAGCUCAUCCGUACAUAUUACCCUGUUUAA